AUGGCUCACUCGUUCAGACUACUCGAGUUACCUUAUGAGAUUCGCACAUCAAUCUACACAUAUCUCGUCCCAAAGAUGUUGACUGUCGAGCCGAUAUACAACGACGAAGAUGAUCUCGUGGGCCUUCAGGCAGAGGCCAAGGAGCCGGUCUUUGAGCUCCCACUCGGAUGGCCGUGUGACCCCGAAGACAUUGUAUGGGAAAGGAGAUGUGGCGCCUCAAUGAACGAUGUUAUCAGUCUCAGGCUCACAAGCAAAUUGGCCAAAUUAGACAUUGACGAUUUCGUCGGACGAGAAUUAUGGGUUAUGCUCCAAUUGGACGGUACCCAACCCGUAGCUCGCGAAUUGUUCCCUCAAGGCGCACGAGCAGACAUCACGCAUCUCAGUAUGACAUGGUUGGGUCUUUAUGGGCGGACGCACAUCGAUGCGAAGCUCGUGCCACUGCAAGAGCUGUUACAUCCAGAGUCAGCCACUUUUCCGAAGCUCCAACAGAUCGACCUACUUUUUCAUGGAAAUACACCAGAUUUGGACUAUCUGAUCGGUCUGAAAAGACUCACCACGGCCAGCGAGACAAUGAAAUGCGUGUACAGCCUCGGUGAUUAUGCGGCUCCUUCGAUGGACUGUGCGGUAUUCUUCUUGGUUCAAGAGGGCACGGAUGUUACUAAGAUUAAGCAGACUGAUCUGCGCGGCGAGCUGUCAAUGAGUCAUGAAGCCGGCCUCGUCGAGCUCGAUAUUGACACCGAGAUACGACAGCCUAUGCAGUCGUCGAGAUCAUACCACGAGUUUGCGAAACACCACAGGGAAAGCGAUGAUGAAUGGCUAUACGACGUCAUCGGGUCUCUAGAUCCUGCCGCCAUCUACGCCAUUGAUCCCAUGAGAGGCGGUCUCGACCCAGAUGGAAGGCUGUUCACAGACAUGGUGGAUUUGUGA